GCUAGCUUCAGCAGAGUAGCAGCCAGGCAAUUACAGAGGCGACGUAUCGGGAGAGGCUGGCUCACCGAAACUAAUCAAAAGAGCCGUCCAGCACCUAAACCGCCAAUCGAUUUUUAUAAGUGAAGGCGAUCAAUCAGUUUCACCUCGUUGAAACGCGGAAGUGUAAUUCAACGUCAACGGCGUUUUUUUGACUUAUUAUCGGUGACAACAUGGCUGAAUGUGACGUUAGCAUCGACAAGAAUAAACUACCUGGAGUGAAAGAGGUGUGCAAAGACUUUGCUGUGCUGGAGGAUCACUGCCUGGCCUACAACCUCCAGGAGCAAGAGAUCGAAAGCCACUUGGCGUCCAACAUCAACAAGAGCCGUCUGGUGCAGAAAGACCUGCAGGUGGCCAAGAAGCUGCAGGAGGAAGAGGAUCUGAGGGCCAAGGGCCAGAACCAGAAGCAGCACACUGACAUCGAGCGUCAAGACAAUGAGAUCGCCCAGGAGAUUCAGGAUCAACUGGUCCGACAGGCGGAGCAACAGCGGCAGCAGGAAGAGAAGGACGCGGCCAUAGCGCGUAAGCUGCAGGAGAAGGAGAUGAAAGAGGAAAAGAGGAGACAGAAGCAGCUGGAAGCUAACUUUGAGGAGGAGUACUUUGAGGAUCACGGAGCUGCAAGAAGAACCCUCGACUUGGACAAACACACCCGUAACCAAUCCCCCUCCCCAAAUCGAUAUGAUGCACAUGCUCAACUGAGCCCACGUCAUCGUGACUCCUCCCCAGAUUAUAGCUCAACGGAGCCCAAAAGGAGCCGGUACCCAAAGCAGGACCCAGCUGCACCAAACAGCCGCUCCAGAAAUCCUGAGCACCACCUAGUGGCAGACGGAGGGCGGAGCAGGCAUGCAGAUCCGCACCCAGAACACCUAUUGACUUCUCGAGGCAGGCACGGGGACAGAUACCCAGAUUAUGAGCCCACAGAGACUGGCAAAGCCCGGGGCCCUGGGAGGGAGGACACCGACAGAGCGGUGAGGAGGAAGGACCGACCAGCCAGACCUCCUCCCCCGCAGAGCCCCAAAGAGGCCUGGGAUAGAAAACAUGAGCGGGAAAGGAGCAGAGACCUGGAGUGGGAGAGGCAGAUGGGAAAAGAGCAGAGGAGAGACAGGGAGCCGGACCUCAGGGGAGGAAGAGACGGGGAAAGAUCCAGAGACAGAGGACUGAGUGAAGACAGACGGAGAGAGAGAGACAGAGGACUGAGUGAAGACAGACGGAGAGAGAGAGACCGGCAGAAGCGGAGAGAGAAAGACGGCCAGCGAGCGAGAACCAGGAGCAGAGAGAGGGGACUCGAAGAGGAGCCGGGGCCCAGCAGGCACUAUUCAAGGGAGGGCAGGGCUUCUUGGGAGGAGGGAGGGGCUGAUGGUGAGGGGGAAGGGAGGGCCCGGGGCCGGCAACGUAUCCACUCCGGCCCUGAAGAGGUGUUUGACGAGCUGGACGCGCAGGGCGGGGGUCAUUCUCACCCCAACGGAGAGACAGGUCGUAUCGUGCACCGGGUCAGCGGAGCGGUGAUCGCGGAAACUGUGUACGGAGUGAGCGACGCCACCAAGGGGUUAACCAAGCUCGACAUCCGUGAGCAGGAGCACAAGGACAUGGAGGUGGCCAGGCAAAUGCAAGAGGAGGAAAUCAAGGCCAGCAAGAUGCACGUCCGUACAGCCCAAGUGGCGCAGGAUGAGGAAAUCGCCCGACUGAUGAUGGAACAAGAGAAGAAGGGGUACAGGAAGAACAGAGAACAGGAGAACGAGAGAGAGCGGGAGAAGGAGAAGGAGAAGGAGAGGGAGAGGCAUGCCAUGGAGAGGAAGGCAAUGGAGAAGAAGGCAAUGGAGAGGAGGCGGCCAGAAGGAGACUACAGGCCGAACUCUGAGGAAGUCGUCCGGCCCAGAACACGAGAUGAGCAUGACCACCAGAGGCAGAGGAACCACAACAAGGCCGCCGGGCCUCCUCAGCCUCGUGCACACGACUAUGAGAACGUGAACUCUGGCUACGGCUACUCGGACCACCCUGCUCCCCCCCGCAGACCUGAGGCUGCUUACAAAGGUGCCCAUCCGAGGCGGUGACUCAGGCUCUCUACCGACAUGCCGUCAGUCCACCUUCGUCCAUUCAUGUUUGUUUUUCUCAUACAUUUAUCUCUUUGUUUUCAACCAUUCACAUUUUUUUGAUCAAACGCCUUGGGACAAUCUGUUGAGUUGGCAAUGGGAUUUCUUUCCCCUGAAGUUGGCCCAGAGUUAAGGAGGCUGUGGCUGCUGGGAUCACACUCACCGUUUUUUUAAAUUUGUAAAGUGUGAUUUAAUAUAUUUUCUUUUAACUGACUCGACAUCAAGACGAGCCAAACAAGACGGCAGCCCUGAUUCGGAGCUGCUGACAUGAAGGAACCUUUUUAUGGCCGUCGUGUGCUGAUGUUCGUCCCAUCUGUGGACCACGCCAUCCCGAGGGCUCAAGGCCUCCGCUGGGUAUCGCCAUGCAAUCUCAAAAUUCCUCAUGACUCCUCACGGGACGUGCCUGUCGGGUCCAACGCGGCUGCUCCAGUGUCUUUGCUCCCAUCGUGGCAGCUGCUUUGUGCUGCAGUUGUGUUCUCGUGAUGCGGUUCAGCGAGGCUCCACGGGCCCUCCUCACGGGCCAAACAGGAAGACGCUUCUGUAACUGUAUUCAAACGACGUAUUCUAAAUAAGCUUUUAUAAAGAUGCUGGUAGUUUUGGCUUUGACGUGUUUUACCAGUGCGGAGGAGGCGGAGCUUCGUGAUCAUCGAUGGACAUCUAGUUGGCUGUCUUCUUCUUGGGCGGGGAACUGUGACCCCAUCACCCUUAGAACUGUGGCCGGAUGGUGUUCAGUGUAUGACUCACUGUUUAUGUGCAUGCUUACUGAGAGUGUACAACUGUGUACAUGCAUUUCAGCUCUGUCAAAUGAUCCGUUUGUCUGGUAGGGCUCGAGCCCUUUCUUUUUGUAAAUGAACAAACUGUUGGCUCAUGUAUUACUGUUCAAUAUAUCUUUCUGCCACUAUUUCAUAUCGACUCACCGUAACUGGCCCAUAAAAGAACCAGUACCAAAAUGAAAUGCAUGUACAUUGCUUGUCUGUUCAACCUGAAUUCCUGCUUGUGCUUACAGCACAGACGUGCACUUGAAUAUUUGCUCUUGUUUUAUUUAAAUGUAAAUAUCCUUUUUUAUUUUUUUUACUUGUGCUUCCAUGUUAUGUUCCCCAGUAUCUUGUUUCCCUCUACUCAUCUUUGUUUUGAAAAGGGAUCUUUAUAUUUUAUUUUUAUACAACAUUUAGUUUGUCUUUCCUCAAGAUUGUUCCCUUAAUUUCCAUUCCCCCUCGCUCACUUUUAGUCUUCUCUUUGUUUUGAGCUCAAAGGCAGACAUUACUUCCUGCCUGCAGUAAAGACAAACAUUCUCACAAUAGAAUUACAUCUGGAUGGAGGGAAAUCAGUCACCAGAUCUGCUCAAUAUAUAAAUAUAACUUACUUACUUAUCAAAGGGACCUAUUUUUUGUGUUUUUACUACUCCGGGAUCCAUUAUUUUCUGUUCAUAUUGAAUAAUAAGGAUGAGGUCGAUGAAGAGCACAGUGCAGCCUGUGAGUUAACAGAGGUUUUCGUGACAAAGUGAUUCAGUCUUUGAACAUUUAGUGCUGUUUCCAGGUUCUCACGUUAUAAUAAAUGUUGCUGAAAUUGUAACCGUUUCCAAAUUGAGUCCCUCCCCGUUCAGAGACGUUUGCAUUGCCGAGGACAAACAUGGCGUUUUUUUCUUUUUUUUUCUUAUUGCUGUUGACGAAAUGACAUUUGUGCCGUCAGUUAAUUUUUUUUCAGGGAUUUGAAAAUGGGACAAGGUUAUUGUGGACGUAGAAGAGCUACCACACCCACCAAGGUGGGGAGUUAUUCUUUGGUGAGGGCACCACCAUGUGGACAUGUUGACAAGUGAAAACAUCCAUCUGAUCGGGACGUGUCUUUGUAUUUGUGGAAGUUCAAAUCCAACAUUACUUUGGAAUAGAGUGCCGUCUACAUCAAACAUGAGUGCUACGUUUUAAAUGUUCUUUAAUCCAGGGCUUGUAUGCAAUCUGCCAAUUAUGAAUCAACACAUUGUGUUAACUUGCUGUAUCAGAACUUUUUAAGUAAAAUUAAUGAAUAACAAGUGGCUCUUACUUAUAGCAUCUCAAUGUAAUAAACUAUUGGCAUUUCCACUCUU